CAGUUUCGCAUACACACACCACACACACACACACACACAAAGGCCAUAAAGACAAAUGGGCGACCUGAACAGGAGACAUGAACUGCUACAUGGGCUGACCCCAGGCUUGAUCCGGCAGUCUCUGGAGGCUAAAGAAUUUGCAUACUGUCCCUACAGCAGGUUCAGAGUUGGGGCUGCACUUCUGGCACAUGACGGUAAAGUGUUCACAGGAUGCAAUAUUGAAAACGCCUGUUAUAACCUGGGCAUCUGCGCAGAGAGGACUGCCAUAUCGAAGGCCGUAUCAGAAGGAUACAGAGAUUUCAAAGCCAUUGCAAUAUCCAGUGAUUUGUGCGAACAGUUCAUCUCCCCCUGUGGAGGGUGUAGGCAAUUCAUGAGGGAAUUUGGUGGCAGCUGGGUGGUGUACUUGUCCAAACCGGAUGGUUCCUAUGUGGAGAUGACAGUCGAAGAACUGCUGCCUGAGUCUUUCGGACCAGAGGAUCUGAAGAUGAAGAGGGUGCACGCUAUUCCAAAUGAAUUUUAAAACAAUUUGGGGUGGUUAUAGCAACAUCCUGCAGAAAUCUUUUUAUCAAAAUAUCAAUUGGUAUAGAAUAUAAUUCAAGAAUCUAAUGCUCAAGGGCUAUGGAGAGGAGGGUUCUUCUGGGAUUUAGGAAUUAGGAGAAGUCUGUCACAUACUGUAUGGAUUGAAGGAUAUUUGUAUUAAGAGUAUUAAAAGUCUCUCGGAAAGGUUUCAUUAAUAAGACCCUAAUAAAAACAUGAGCUAUUGGAAAAAAAGGCUUUUUUCAGUGAGUGACACGUUUACAGUAUAUACAUGUGAAUCAUUAAUGAAUUUACUAGACUUCAUCCUAGACACAAUAAACAGUUGUCCCUCUUUUUUUGUAAUACUGCUGAAUAAAGGUUUAUUAUUUUGGUGCUCAUUUGUAUUAUUAAUUUUAACUUUAUAAGUUGUAAAUACACAUUUGUGUACACUUUUAGACUGUAUUUAAAAUAU